CCUCGCACCUCGCGACUGGCCGUCUUGCGCGAAGCUGUCAACGCUGUCAUAGCGUUUCCAGCGAAGCUGUCGUCGCCCUCGCUCGUCGUUCUCCUCUAUAGUCGCCCUUUCACCUUGACCGCGAGGAUAAAAGGCGAGACCGCGAGGAAAAUGUGAGUUCGCCCGAUCUUUCGAGGCGGACGCACUUCUUUCUAGGAAAGAAAAGUACGCGCGACAAUCGAACGAUCGCGUCGCGAUAAGCUACGGUUAUGUAUUUCGAUGGAGAGCUGUUUAACGACAAUGGCAGCAACGUCCCCGUCAAAGCGAAGACUUCAAAAGGAAUUGAUGUCUUUAAUACGCGAACCACCACCAGGUGUACACGUAGAUGGAGAAAUGGUGGGACAGAAUUUGACACAAUGGAUUGUUUAUAUGGAAGGUGCUAAAGGCACGCUGUAUGAAGGAGAACAAUUUCAGCUUCAAUUUAAAUUCAGUUCUAAAUAUCCGUUUGAUUCACCAGAAGUGACUUUUAUUGGUGGAAAUAUUCCUGUACAUCCACAUGUUUAUAGCAAUGGUCAUAUUUGUUUGUCUAUAUUAACGGAGGAUUGGUCUCCUGCUCUCAGCGUGCAAAGCAUUUGCCUGAGUAUUAUUUCCAUGUUGAGCAGUUGUACAGAGAAGAAAAGGCCAUCUGACAAUACAUUGUAUGUUAGAACUUGCAACAAGAAUCCAAAAAAAACAAAAUGGUGGUAUCAUGAUGACAGUGUCUAACAUUGAACAUCACAUCUAAAAGAUCUAUCCAACUAAAGAUCUAACCAACUUGUCAACAUGGAAAAAUUGUUGGACCAAGUGGGAUAACAUUUAAACUUGAUGCAUUAAAUUAAUUUUGCAUACCAUAUUCUAUAGUGAUUUCACAAUAUAUAAUAGGAAAUUAGAUGCAUAAUUUUAAGAAAAGACAAGGCUACAACCUACUUACUAUUACAGUUAUAGAAUUAAUGUGAACUGCGCGAGUUGUUUAAUUAUAAAUUAUUGCAAUGUUGCUGAUAGUAAAAAAAUAUGCAUAUUAUAGUUAUACAGAACUAUUAUUGCAAAAGUCAGUUUAAAUGCUAGAAAGAGAGACAGACAGGAUGUAUUCAUUAUUUAUUAUUAAGAUAUUAAUAUAUGAAAUUUUUCUCUCCUGUUGUGACAAAGAAGAUUUAGAUAUUAAAAAAUAAUCAUUUAAUAUAUUUAGAAGACAAACUGAAUAUUGUUACUGCUGCAUAUAUACAUAUUACACUUGCUUAUACAUUCUAAGAAUCAUUUUCACUGUGUUAUUUUCAAUAAAACUCGAUAAUUGAUUUAAUGAUGUAAUAUUAAAUUUCUUAAAUAAUUUAUUAAAAUAAUUUAAUCUCUCUAAUCAUUAAUUUAAUCAUUAAUAUCUAAUCAUUAAUAAUUUGUUAUUUAUUUGACUUUAUUUAAACAAAUUGAAUUGCAAACAACUAUUAACCCUUUCUCAACAAUUUCCCUUCCAAAUCUCUCUUUCUAGAUUCAGAUUUUUCAAAAAUCCAGUAUUUUUGUCUGCAUAAAGAAUAGAUAUUGUUUAUUUUUAUAUUUUAAAAAUAUUUUUCUCAAUUUCCUAUUUUUUUGAAAACAAAAAUUACAAUUUGGUUUUUAUUUGCAAAUUUGGUUGUACAUAUUAUAUUGAUUUUAGCCGAAUCUUGUAAUUUUAUACAACUCAAAUUGAUGCGACCACGCAUUUAAACUCAAUAUGAUAUCAAAUAUGAUAUGAAAGCUAUCGUAUUAAUACGGUAGCAUUAAAAAAAGAUAUCGAUUGAGACUGUAGAAAUUAUCAUCUUAUAUAUGUGUGUAUGCGCAUAAUUGUAUUUCAUUAUAUCAUAUAUAUACAUAUAUAAAUUUUCCAAAAUAUUGCGAAACUAUUGAUAAAGCGCGUAUUUAAGCAUACAUGUUCAUUUAUUGUUGGUUCGCUAUAAUUAUUAUGAUGUAGAAUAUUUGUAUAAGUUCAAUGAUUUACCAAUAUGUAAUAUAUUUUUAGCAAAAUACUGAAAUAAGAUGUCUACAUUAACAUCUCAA